AUGGUCAAUCCCCGGGGUCCACCUAGGGCCAGACCUACGGACAUCACUUCCCCUGGACCCCUCCUGCCUCGUUAUGGUGUCGUAGUUGGAGCUUUGCUUCACCUCAUUGUUUAUUUUGUCGCUGUACUAUAUAGGGAUGACAGUAAAAUAAAGAAACAAGAUGCCCCAACCCAUUGUGAUCUUCACAGUUGUAAAGAUGGGCCAAUAAGAAAUGGCCAUAUUGGGCAGCGGCCAGCCUCUAUCAACCCUGAGAGACUAAAAGAUUUUGGUGAGGAGGACUACCUGAAUGGGGAUGUGAAGACCUGGGAAAUGAAGAUAGUGAGCCGUAAUGAGGAGUUGCUUGGGCAUGCCCUUUCUCGAAUCCCUCAGUCAAGCAGUAGGACCAGCCCGUCAAGCUAUAACAAGCUGAUUCGAUUUGAAGACAUUAGUGCAGCAGCUUUCAAAAUCCAAUGCAGUGUUCAGAAGACACCCUGCAUGUAUUCUAGGCUGUCAAAGCAGUAUGGAGUGGACAUCUACCUAAAGAAAGAGUUCCUCCAGUACACAGGAUCUGUGAAGGAACGAGGUGUACUCUACCUUCUAACAUCAUUGCCUCAGGAUCAGCAAAGAAAGGGAGUGAUCGUGGCUUCAGACAGUAGCUUUUCCAUGGCUGUUGCUUACCACGCCUCAGAACUCCGUAUUCCAGUGUUUGUCAUCAUGUCAACCAGCACUUCCCCUGCCAGAGUGAAAACGUGCCGUGAGUACGGUGCCAUGGUUAUCUCCUAUGGCACCACAGCCAAGGAUUCCCAGAUACAUGCAAGAAGGCUGGCACAGGAGAACAGCUAUCUCUACCUUGAAGAGGAAGACAGUGCUGUCUACCUGUCCGGGCUGGGAACUGUGGGACUGGAGAUUUAUGAGCAGGCGCCAAAGCUGGAUGCAGUGAUUUUCCCUGCAGGAGAGCACUGCGGCUUGCUGGCAGGAUCGGCUGCUGCACUCAAACAUCUCAACCCCCGUAUUUCUGUGAUUGGGGUUGAAUCCGAAAGUUUCCCUGUGUUACAACAGUCGUUAAAGGCUGGCCACCCAACCGAAGAUCAGGCUUGCAGCAGUCAUCACUUUUGUGGAGGUAAUAGAAUGGAUUUUGCUUUUGGAGAUGUGAGUGGACUUUGCUUUGGCAGCAAUUCUUUGCAGCUGACUGGGAAACUUGUAGAUAAAGUUGUUGCUGUGAGAGAGGAGGACAUCCUCAUUUCGAUGCUGAGAUUGCUGGAGUAUGAGCGAGCCACAGUUGAUGCAGAGGGGGCCAUCGGACUUGCAGCUUUAAUUGCUGGGAAGCUGCCAGAGUUGAAGGGUAAAAGGUAA